UUUGAGGGUUGCUUGUCAGUUUCUCCCUCUUCCUACGUAAACCAAAACAUCUACAAGACAACCAAAAACUUGGAAUAUUGAAGGGAAAAUAUGACGUUGCCCGAGUUUUUUGGCUGCACCUUCAUCGCCUUUGGGCCGCCCUUCGCCCUGUUCGUCUUUACCAUCGCCAAUGACCCGGUGCGGAUAAUUAUUCUCAUCGCGGCGGCUUUCUUCUGGUUGCUGUCGCUACUAAUCUCGUCAUUGUGGUACGCGUUGAUACCGCUGAAAGACUUCAUAGCUUUCGGCGUAGUCUUCUCUGUGCUCUUCCAGGAGGGCUUCCGGUACAUCAUCUAUAGGAUCCUACGCAGCACGGAACAGGGAUUACAUGCCGUGGCGGAGGACACCAGAGUGACUGACAACAAGCACAUCCUGGCCUAUGUUUCUGGCCUGGGAUUCGGUAUUAUAUCAGGAAUGUUUGCACUGGUCAAUGUGCUUGCUGAUAUGAGUGGGCCCGGAACCAUGGGCCUGAAGAGUGGAACGGAGCUGUUCUUCGUCACCUCGGCCGCCCAGGCUCUAUCAAUUAUCUUGCUGCACACUUUCUGGAGUGUUAUAUUCUUCAACGCCUUUGACACGAACAACUAUAUUCACAUAGGCUACGUGGUGGGCAGCCACCUGUUCGUCUCCCUUAUUACUCUGCUGAAUGCCAACGAGCUUUAUACAACCACAUUGCUGAUUAACUACUUAGUCACCAUAGUCACCGGCGUUCUGGCCUUCCGGGUUGCAGGAGGAACAUCCCGUAGCUUCAAGAAAUUCAUAACAUGCCAAUAAAAAAGCGCUUAGUAUUAACCACUUAGAGUAUAGUCUAGCCUUUGGAUAACAAUAUUUAAAAAAUUACCUUGGUAUAUGCUUGAUAUGUAACACCAUCUAUGGACUUAUAUCCCUAUUACUAAGAAAAUGAUUUUUAAAUAUAUCUACAUAUAUGUGUUAGUAA